AUUAUAUGGUCCUCUCUCUCUCUCUCUACAUUCAAUGUACUGUUUUGCAAAUUUUCAUAUUCCCUUUAUAAACCUCUGUGUGUGUGUGUGAGUGUGUAUUUUUGUGUCUCUCUGUGUCUGCCUUUUCUUAUCUCUUCUCUUUCUGGACUCUGAAAUGAGUUCAAGAAUUCAAAAAUCCAACACCCUUUAGUUUUUUCCAUCUGGGUUUACUAGCAUUGUGUUGAUUUGAGGUGAAAAACAGAUAAAGAUUCAAUCUUUACAGUUUUUAAGUGAUUUUCCCAUCUGGGUCUGUUUCAAGAAUCUCAACAAUGGCACCUUCUUUUACCUGGUGGGGUAAAGAAACCCAUAGGGGUACACCAGUAGUAGUAAAAAUGGAGAAUCCAAACAAUUGGUCAAUGGUUGAGCUUGAAGGACCAUCAGAAGAUGAUUUCUUGUUACCAAACGAUGAUGUUUCUUCAAUGUCUCCUUAUAAACGUGAAAAAGUCAGAAACAAGAAUGCUAAACAGCUUACAUGGGUUCUUCUUCUUAAGGCUCAUAAGGCUGCAGGUUGUUUAACUUCUAUAGCAUCAGCAUUGUUCAGCUUAGCCUCCGUCGUAAGCCGCCGUGUCGCUGCCGGUCGGACUGAUUCUACCGACAACAGCUCCACUGAGAAUCCGGCUGUCAAGAACCGGUUCUAUACUUGCAUAAAGAUCUUUCUUUGGUUGUCGGUAAUCUUGUUAGGGUUUGAAAUAGCAGCUUAUUUCAAAGGCUGGUACUUUAGUGCAUCAGAUCUUCAAUUACAGUAUUUGUACUCGUUGGAUUUUCAUACAUUUGCUAAUCCAUUAGCUGUGCAAAGUGUUUUUGAUUGGGUUUACUCAAAAUGGGUGUUGAUUAGGGUGGAGUAUCUUGCUCCUCCUCUUCAAUUUUUAGCUAAUGGUUGCAUUGUCCUUUUUCUUAUCCAAAGUGUGGAUAGAUUAGUACUAUGUUUAGGGUGUUUUUGGGUUAAAAUGAAGAAGAUUAAGCCAAUAGCAAAAGACGGUGCAAUGGAUCUGGAGUCUGGUGAUGGUAGUGGUUAUUACCCUAUGGUACUAGUUCAGAUCCCCAUGUGUAAUGAAAAAGAGGUUUAUCAGCAAUCCAUUGGUGCUGUGUGUUGUUUGGAGUGGCCUAAAUCAAGAUUGUUGAUUCAAGUUCUUGAUGAUUCUGAUGAUCCAAUUACUCAGACAUUGAUCAAUGAAGAGGUUCGUAAGUGGCAGAAGGAAGGUGCUAAUAUCAUAUACAGGCAUAGAGUGAUCAGAGAGGGUUAUAAAGCUGGAAAUCUUAAGUCAGCUAUGAAUUGCAGCUAUGUCAAAGACUAUGAAUUUGUUACCAUUUUCGAUGCUGAUUUCCAGCCUAUGCCUGAUUUUCUUAAAAGAACUGUCCCUUAUUUUAAGGAUAAUGAGGACAUAGGAUUGGUUCAAGCAAGAUGGUCUUUUGUGAACAAGGAUGAAAAUCUACUUACAAGAUUGCAGCACGUUAAUUUGGCUUUUCAUUUUGAAGUGGAGCAGCAGGUGAAUGGUAUUUUUCUGAAUUUCUUUGGCUUUAAUGGGACUGCUGGAGUAUGGAGGAUCAAGGCAUUAGAAGAAUCUGGUGGUUGGUUGGAGCGGACGACCGUUGAAGAUAUGGACAUUGCAGUCAGAGCUCAUCUCCAUGGGUGGAAAUUUAUAUUUCUCAAUGAUGUAGAGUGUCAGUGUGAGUUACCGGAAUCAUAUGAAGCGUAUAGGAAGCAGCAACAUAGAUGGCAUUCGGGGCCAAUGCAGUUGUUUCGUGUCUGUUUACCUGCCAUCAUUAAAUCAAAGAUAAGCAUAUGGAAGAAGGGCAAUUUGAUAUUUCUUUUCUUCCUUUUGAGGAAAUUGAUAUUGCCAUUUUAUUCAUUCACUCUGUUUUGCAUAAUCCUCCCAAUGACGAUGUUCAUUCCUGAGGCGACGCUCCCAUCAUGGGUUGUCUCUUACGUCCCUGCUACCAUGUCAUUUCUCAAUAUACUUCCGUCACCUAAAUCUUUCCCAUUCAUCGUGCCAUACCUUCUAUUCGAGAACACCAUGUCCGUUACCAAGUUUAAUGCCAUGGUCUCUGGCCUCUUCCAACUAGGAAGUGCAUACGAAUGGGUAGUCACCAAGAAAUCAGGACGUUCCUCUGAGGGUGAUCUUGCUUCGUUAGCUGAGGAAAAACCAAAACACCAGCGAGUUGCUUCGGAAGAAUGGACAGCGACUAAGAAAUCAGGACAUUCCUCUGAGGGCAAUCUUACUUUGUUGGUCGAUGGGAAACCAAAACACCAACGAGGUGUUUCAGUGCCUGAUUUGGAGGAACUAAGAGAGGAAAUUAAAGAGAAGGAGAAGAAGGCGUCAAGGAAGAAGAAGCACAACAGAAUAUACACAAAAGAAUUGGCUUUAGCUUUCUUGCUGUUGACAGCUUCACUAAGGAGCCUACUAUCAGCUCAAGGAAUCCACUUUUACUUCUUGCUGUUUCAAGGUAUAUCAUUCCUGCUCGUUGGCCUAGACUUGAUCGGUGAGCAGGUCGAUUAAAUCUUUCAUAGCUUAGGGAUAAAUAUUAGUUCAACUGAAAAAGUCAAGUUGGAAACUAGAUGCUGAACCUGACCUUUGGUACAUUACUGUAAAUGAGAAGAGCAAGCAAUGGGGGAAAAUUGUGGAGAGUUGAGUGCACUUAUAUCGCCUCCGCGAACCGUUGGAAACCCUUAAAGAUGAUGAAGCAAAGUUACAUUAGAGCAGAUGGUUGAGCAAAUGCAACAUCUUUGAAUAGAGAAAACCAUUAAGAAUGGUGAAUAGUGUUCAUUUUAAGCAACCCCCCUCCCACUCUUUCAUGUAAUUUCUUUAUCUUCUGAAUUCUUUUUUUUUCUUCUUUCUUUUGGCUAUAUUCUUUUGUAAGAAGAAUUUGUCUUUGAAACAUUAAACAAGGAAUUUAGUGGAAGUUGAAUAGAGUAUAGCAAGCAUGCAGCUUUUUUUCACACAUA